AUGGUAUCAGAGCCUUGUGAUUCUUUGUCCCUGCUUGUCUCCACCUUACUGACUGUUGAAAAUCAUCAUACAUGGCGUCGCUCCAUGAAGAAAGCCCUCAAUGGUAAAAAUAAACUUGGCUUUGUGGACGGUUUACUCACCAAACCAAACAGGUCCCCUGCCGAAUCUCAACUGUGGGAUAGGUGCAAUGACAAGGUGUUCUCCUGGAUCCUCAACAGCAUUGACAAAUCUCUCCACGACAGCUUGGUUUAUUAUGACAGCCCCCGUGAUAUUUGGAUAGAUCUUGAAGGGCGUUUUUCUCAAAGUAACAAUCCUCAUCUAUUCCGUCACCAACGAGAUCUCUCCACUCUCCAACAAGGUGGCUCCACCAUUACUGAAUACUAUCACCGAAUCAAGUCUCUUUGGGAUGAACUCGAAGCCUUAUCUCCUCCUCCAUCAUGUUCAUGUGGUGCACUAAAGGACCUUAAAGCCUCACAAUCUGUUGAACGUGUUUUCUAG